CUCCUCUUUCUUUUUCGUAGUUGCCUUCUGCCUCUCCAUUCCAUGGAUCAGACUCAUAUUUUGGCCUGGAACUGUCGAGGUCUUGGAGAAACUUUUGCGAUUUCAGAGUUGAAAAAACUCUAUUUCCAACAUAAACCCAACAUCAUCUUCCUCUCUGAAACAAAGCGCACAGCGAUGGAGAUGACUUCGAUUCGCCCAGAUCUAGGUUUUGAUCAGUGUUUUGCUGUUGAUUGUGUAGGAAGGGGGGGCAGCCUCGCUAUGCUCUGGUGUGACGAUUUUAACCUAACUAUUUCCACUUUCUCCCAAUCUCACAUAGAUGUGGAAAUUGUUGAUCCGGGUGGGGGUGAUUUCAAUGAAAUUCUGCGGCAAUCGGAAAAGGCAAGAGGGAACCAUCGACCAUCUAAACAAAUGGAAGUCUUUGCAGAGGCUUUAAACUUCUGCAACUUUAAAGAAAUGGGUUUCAAGGGUCCUCAAUUUACUUUUAUAAGGAAGAUGCAUGACAAUAUCAUUAAGGAAAGACUAGACAGAGUUUUGAUGAAUUUGAGGUGGUCGGGGAUGUUUCUUGGGGCUUUCUCCCAUCAUUUGCUGGCAUUGAAAUCGGAUCAUGCUCUAAUUCUGGUGAUAGCAACAAAAACGAUGAAUGGUUUUCGACAUAAAAGAACUAAGCUAUUUCGAUUUGAGAACUAUGGGACCAAGGAACCCGACUGUGAGGGAAAAAUUAAGGAUGGCUGGAAGACUGGAGAAGGAGACACAAACAUGUCCCGAGUGUUGUCUAAAAUUGCUUCAUGUGCACAAGACAACAGCUUAGGAAGGAUGGAAGCAUUAGAACAGGAACUCAAUGAUUGGCAGCGACGGGAAGAGGUUUUAUGGAAGCAACGCUCAAGGGUACAAUGGUUAAAAAAGGGUGACAAAAAUACUGCUUUUUUCCAUAACAGAGUUUCGGUCAGGCGCAAAAAGAAUCACAUUGCUGGACUUCUCGAUGACAGGGGCUCUCUUGUAACAGAUAAAACAGGGGUAGAAGGACUCUGCAUUAAGUAUUUCAGAGAUGUAUUCACUUCUAAAUACACUGGUCCGAAUCGCAACAUCCUAAGCGCAUUACAGGGGAGAGUCCCGCCUUCGAUGGCAAUUAACCUUGAUAGAGACUUUACUAGUUCUGAAGUUCUUAUUGCCUUGAAACAAAUCCAUUCUUCAAAGGCCCCAGGACCUGAUGGGAUGAAUGUCAGUUUUUAUAAAAAUUAUUGGCAUAUUAUAGGAGGGGAUAUCAUAUCGGCUGCACUGGACUUCCUUAAUAAUGGGCUUAUGGUGAGAGAUGUGAACCUUACUCAUAUUGUUUUGAUCCCAAAAGUUAAAAGUCCCUCUUCUAUGAAGGAUUUUCGACCCAUAAGUCUUUGCAAUGUGCUGUACAAAAUUAUAUCCAAAGUCUUAACCAAUAGGCUUAAAUCGAUCCUACCGCAUAUUAUAUCAAAUAAUCAGAGUGCUUUUGUUCCUGGGAGAUUAAUUUAUGACAAUAUUAUGGUAGCCUUUGAAGCUAUCCAUCAUCUGAAAAAUAAAAGGAUUGGCCGGAGAGGGCAUAUGGCUGUCAAACUUGAUCUUAGCAAGGCUUUCGAUAGAGUAGAAUGGAAUUUCUUAGAGGACACUAUGCGAGCAAUGGGUUUUCCUGAGCGGUGGAUUAACCGUGUCAUGAUGUGUGUUCGCAUUGUGGAAUACUCCAUCUUGAUCAAUGGGUGUCCAACAAAGAAAUUCACUCCAAGCAGGGGUAUAAGGCAAUGAGAUCCCCUUUCCCCUUUCCCCUUUCCUUUUUCUCUUAUGUGCUAAAGGUUUAUCAGCUCUAUUAUCAAAGGCUAUCAGUAGAGGGGAUUUAAAGGGAUUGACUUUGUGCCGAGGAUGCCCUUGUCUAUCGCAUUUGUUUUUUGCAUAUGACAGUUUGUUGUUUGGACAAGCGUCUGUCCAAGAAGCUGCAAAGCUGUUGGAUAUCUUGAAGGAAUAUGAGGGGGUUUCUGGGCAACAAAUUAAUCUUGACAAG